AUGGAGGGGGGGAUUCUUCUCCCGCACUUCUCCAAAUGUGGAAACCCAGGGGUUCUUUACACUUUUGCGUGGUGUUUUUUUUUUACUUCAAAGGAAAUUACCAACUUGGCAAGGCUGGAUAACUUAAAAGAUCUGUGCCUGAACGACCCCCAGUAUGAGCCCAGCCCGGUUUGUCACCUGUGCAAUUACGCGACGCACGUCCUGUAUCACAUCCCUCAGCUCCAGAGGCUCGACACUUACGAUGUUUCUUCAAAACAGAUCAAGGAGUUAGCCGAGUCCACCGUGAUGAAAAAGGUGAUGUACUACAACAUGCGCGUCAAGAGCGCUCAGAGACAGCUGGAGGAGGGGCUCGAAAAGCUCAGAGAAAGGAAAUUCAAGCUGCAGAAGCUGCCUGAAGAGCGGAUCAAGCUUUUCCACUGCCACAUCAAACAUCUGGAACGUGAUUUGGCGGACCUGCAGGCCUCUGGAAAGCAGCAGACAAGCAUGUCCAAGAGCUUUGACGGGGAAAAGUCAAACUGCGCCGGGGAAAACUCCGACAAUGCCGCCGAGGAAAUCAAUUUGGAGCGGCAGUUCCUACACAAAUUGGACUGCGUCAGAACAAGAAUAGCCUUCUGGAACAAAAAGCUGGAGGAAGUCGAAGCCGUUUAUCAGCUGGAAGUCAAAAAGCAGAAGAAAGCCAGCAAGCUGGCUGUGCAGUUUUUGCUGACCGAAUUGGAAACGGUGGGAAACACGCGCUUCGAAGAAGGCUCCCCCAGUGAUUCUUGGUUCAACUCCUGUUACGACUUGAUCCUCUCCCGGUUUUGCACCUGGGACUUCAAACCGUAUGGCAUUACGGCCGUGAAAGUCAACCGCGUCAUCAGGGUACAUAACCGGAUAUUGAGGCAGAAAUUCGAGGAGAAGUUCCAGAGCUUCUUAGAGGAAGAAGAGUUGAACGAUUCCACAAAUAAUAGGAAGAAGCUCGAAUAUCUCUUCUAUGUAUUGAACCCGGAAGCGCCACUUAAAAAGAAAGAGUUGAUCCAAAUCCUGGAGGAAGGUUUUCAGGAAACCCAGAAGACGUCUGGAAUCGAAGAAGCCGUUUCCCUCUCCAACAGCCUCAGCAUCUGCGAGUGCCCCAGGAUCGAACUCUUCCAAAACCAAGCCAAAAGCAAAGGGGACUUUGAGGAGCCAUAUAGGCAGGGCAAGGUCAUCAUUUCCAAAGUUUUUCUCGGGAACAAAGCACAAGCUCGCGAGGCGGAGGCAAUCAUCCAAGCGAACUUCCCCGGGGUCAAUUCUGUGUACAGACCUCGCUGCCUCCCUCCAAAUGCCACCUCUGCAGCCGGCGACGGAACUGUGACUGAGCCGGAGAACUCAAAGGCGUCAGAAGUCUGUUCUUCCACAGAGUUCAGAAACUGUGACUGCAGCCUCCGGCAGUGCGAAUGGUUUGUGUUCGAUUCUGAUUUGGUUUUGCCGGAAUACGUCGUCGAGUUUGAGUUCAUCACAUCGGUCAAAGUGGAGACCCUGUUCUCUUCGCUCAGCAAUGUGGUUUCGGAGGAAGGGAGGAGAAAUUCGGCGGGUUUCAUUCUGUCCCAGGACCUGCAGUGCGAUGAGCAGGUUUUGAACAUGGAACCCGUUGUGAAGCCGAAGCCCAGAAUUGUUUGCUUGGAUGAAAAGACCAUCUUCGCAGUGGCCAAGACCAACUUUUACAGUAAGAUAACGGUUCUGAACUUGCACGGGAACCGGCUGAGCAAGCUACGAGAUAUUUCCCGGCUCCUAGGGUUGCGGAAACUGAUCAUCAGUUUCAAUGAAUUCACUUCUCUUGACGAUGUUUAUCACCUGCCAAACCUCGAAUAUUUUGAUGCCAGCCAUAACCACGUGAUCACCCUGGAGGGCAUGAGAGGUCUAAGCAAACUGAAACACUUGGAUCUAAGCUGGAACCAGUUGAAGAAGACGGGGGAAGAAAUUAGUGUUUUACGGAGACACAUGCCCAUGGUGCAGAAUCUGAAUAUCAAGCAUAACCCGUGGCAUAAGCCAGCUUCUGUGCGAUUGAAUGUGAUUGGCCAACUGAAGACUCUGACCCAACUGGACGGGGUCCCGAUUACCGAGGAAGAGGCAGCCGCCGCCGCCCGGUUCAUAGUGGAUUCCAGAAUCUCUCAGCUGAUGUUGCGGGAGCGGGCGAGGACAGAUACGGAGAAGAUCCGUGUCCUCAGCGUUCUACCUGCGGCCAAAGUCCUGAGCCAGAUGAGCAAGAAUAAGCUGGACAUAUUUGGGAGCAACUGGUUUACAUUGAUCACAGUGUUGGACAUUGACGGGCAACACCUCAGCAAAAUCAGCAAUCUGGAAAAGCUGGAGAAUUUGCGGUGGGCGUCAUUUAGCAAUAAUAACCUGACGAGAAUCGAAGGGAUGGAUUCUUGUCGCUGUCUGGAGGAGCUCACGGUGGACGGGAACUGCAUCUCAAACCUGGAUGGUAUUUCCAGGCUCUCCAAACUCAUGCGAUUGAGUGCCAACAACAACCACCUCACGAGCCUCGAGAGGAGCGUUUUUGACAACUUGACGCACCUUCAUUACCUCUCCCUCGAGAACAACCGAAUCACGUCGCUGGUGGGCUUACAAAAAACCUAUGCGCUUGUGGAACUCUACAUAAGCAACAACUACGUGUCCUCCAACCAAGAGAUCUACCAUCUCAAGGGGCUGAACAACCUGGUCAUCCUCGACAUGUCCGGAAACCUGAUCGUUUGGAAACAAGAUAAUUACCGGCUCUUCGUUGUCUUCCAUAUCUCGUCGUUAAAGGCCUUAGAUGGUGUUCCAGUGGAACCAACCGAGAUUGAAAACUCGAAAGAUUUAUUCGGCGGCAAACUCAUGUCUGACAUGGUUGUCGAACGGCUGGGGCACUCGGACUUCAGCAAGAUGCAAGAAUUAAACUGGACAGCAUCUAUGAUCAGGACUGUCGAUCUCACGCCGCCAGAACAGUUUAAAAACAUCACCAAUGUGAAUCUGCAGAACAACAACCUGACCAGUUUCAGCGGGUUGAUCUUCCUUCCGAAUAUCAAGGUGCUCUGCCUGAACUACAACCACAUCGAGUCGAUCCUCCCCAGACAAAAGCCCUCGAGCCACCUGACAAACAGGCAGCUGCUGCAUCAGAAAGUGACUUCCAGCGGCUACGGACAGCAGGGGGCUUCCAAAACCAGCAGGGAUGCCGGAUUGAACGAGAGCCUGCUGCCAAUCAUGCAGAGCUUAGAAGUCCUUCAUUUGGGCUACAACGGGAUUUCCAACUUGGCCCUGCUGCAGAUUGGUCGACUCAAAAACCUGAAGUUUCUCUUUUUACAGGGUAAUGAUAUCAGCCAGAUCGAAGGACUGGAGGGGCUGCAGCUGCUGCAGGAGUUAGUGCUGGAUCACAACCGAGUCAAGAUGAUCGGCGAGAACUCCUUCACCAGGCAGAGCUCCCUGGUGGCUCUUCACCUAGAGGAGAAUCGUCUGCGAGAAGUGAACAACUUGCAGCCCUUGGUGAAGCUGCAGAAGCUUUUCCUUGGACUUAAUAAAAUCCAGGAUCUCUUUGAACUGGAAAAACUUGACUGUCUUCCUUGCCUUAAAGAGCUAUCAGUAUAUGGAAAUCCAGUCUCCCGCAAAAUCUGUCACCGCCCCCUGCUCGUGUUCCGCCUGCCCAGCCUUCAAGUCGUGGAUGGAGUAACAAUCAGCGCAGAAGAGAGGGCAAGAGCCGAGUUCCAAUUAUUAGAACAGCAAGCCGUGCCUCCGGCAAACUCGCCGAUCGACUGCAUGUUUCCUGGACUGCAAAGCGCGGCGUCGAAGCCUUGUACCAUGAGGAUAACCAGUCUGCUGGGUGGCGUCAGCCAUUUAUAUGCGCCGGAGUUUGCUGUUCCCCAGGCGGUUGAUGACGCUACAGGGAGCGAGACUAACAAAACUAGGAAAUCUAAGAAUGCAGGACUAGGAACAAGCCAUCCCCGGAAUGUCCAUGCAGAAAUAGCUACCCGGCAAACCAAAGGUGCCUCAGCUGCUCUUCCGGGCCACGGGAUGUCGCAGAGUGGUCUUUCCCGAAACAACUUAAGCCUGCUUUCUCAACAAGAAAAAUGACGGAGACUGGACAGCUCUUCCAGACCAACGAUUGUGUCAAUAGCUGGGACGCUAGUUAGACAUGGAAUGUACCCGGAAUGGUCGCUUCCUGUAUUUGAGUUAUGCCACAGAAUGAUAUUUUUUUCCCCGUUUCGCAUUUUUAUACCACAGAUCACAGCCUUGAAAUGUUAAAGAGCCAAUCGGGUUUCUUCCAGUUGAUGAAACGUGCCUAGUUUUUGUGAUAAAAGUAUUCCGGAGGAAAUUCUGCUCAUAAACACAAAUGACAGGAGGCAAUCAGUUGCAAUUCUUCUUUCGCACAAUCGUUGGAGUGUGGUUUUAUUCUGUUGUAAAGCAGCUUUUCCCAGAAUCCAGAUUCGCUCAACAUUGGAAAUCCUGAUCUCCCCACCACCACCACCACCUUCCAAGACAUUGCCCUCCCGUGAGGGGAAGGAUGCAAAAAAACACAGCUGGGAGAAAUGCAGUUUUGGACAGAAGAGUCAUAGGAAAAGGUUAAUCAACCUUCCCCUCCUCCUCCUCCCUCUCUUCCUCUGCUCAGUCUGACCAUCCCGAAGAUUGCAUUGCAAAUAAAAUCACCGCAGAAUUGCA